AUGGUAUUGACACAACAGAGAAGACAACCUGCCUCGGACGACCAGUUUCCAACCACUCAGCUAUUCCUCCUAGCAAUAUGUCGUGUUGCGGAGCCUAUUGCCUUGACUUCCAUCUUCCCAUACUCAUGGGUGAUGGUCAAGGACUUCAAUGUGGCUAAUGGAUCCGAUGCUUCCUUCUUUGCUGGUAUACUUGUCUCGGCCUUUUCACUAGCCGAAGCGCUCACCGGUAUGUUUUGGGGAAGCCUCUCAGAUCGUGUCGGUCGCAAACCUGUCCUGCUCUCCGGUUGCGUCGGAACCAUGGCAUCCCUUCUCAUUGUCGGCUUCGCGACGAAUUUUUGGGUAGCUCUCUUUGGUCGGGCCCUCGGGGGCAUUUUAAACGGAAAUAUCGGUGUCAUCCAGACUAUGGUCGGCGAACUAGUCAAAAGACCUGAGCAUGAACGUUUCCCUUCCUUGUUUUAUCGUGAAGGUCUCUUUGGCAGAUUCCCUUAUCUCCUGCCGAACCUUGUUUGUUCUGUCUUACUCCUUCUCAGUAUCUUCUUCAGCUGGCUCUUCCUGCAAGAGACUCAUCCCGAUAUGCAGCCUUGUACUGCUACCGAAAAUCUCGACGGCAGAUCCGCAGAACGCCCUCUUUUGGCGACUGCUGGGGCGACCGCCAAUGCAGGAGCGGACCUACGAGCCGAAUCAUACGGCACUUUCAACCAGGUACACCUAUACGACGAGGAGGAUUGGUUGGUACGGGCAGACGGUUCAAGGCCUGAGAAAAUUCCACAAAGACAAACCAUCUUCACGAAACGAGUCACGAUGCUCAUCGUUGCAUUAGCGAUUUUCACUUAUCACUCUAUGACUUAUGACCAUUUAUUGCCUAUUUUUUUGCAGGACAAGACUUUACGGGACGUUCCUACUGUUGGAAACUCGAUAUUGAAGUUCCCCGGCGGUGUUGGUCUCUCAACCAGAACAGUCGGCUUAAUCAUGUCUACCGACGGCAUCAUUGCUCUCUUCAUUCAAAGCGUCAUUUUCCCUGCAUUGGCACAUUAUUUGGGGGUGUGGAGACUUUUCGUGAUUGUGACCAUCCUUCAUCCGGUGGCUUAUUUCAUGGUUCCAUUCCUGAUUUUUCUCCCUCGCAGUCUGUUGUUCUUCGGCAUUUAUGGAUGUUUAGUCGUUCGCAAUAUCCUUGCAAUCAUUGAUUACCCCGUCUUGUUGAUCCUUAUUAAGCAAGCUAGCCCUUCCGACUCUGUCUUAGGAAAGAUCAAUGGCCUUGCUGCUUCCGCUGGAGCUGCUUCUCGCACUAUCGCCCCGCCUAUCGCUGGUUAUUUGUACAGCACCGGUGCGGAACUUGAUUGUACUGCACUCGCAUGGUGGGGAAGCACUCUAGCCGCAAUCGUCGGUGCCGUGCAGCUGUGGUUCAUGGAGCGAAAGAAACACUCGUCCGCUACAAUCCAGCCAGCCGCCCCCUGCCACUAUCUGCCAAAUGAGGCCCACCCUCGGAGAGACGCCGUCCAUAUCAUAGUUACAGGUACUGAUGUUGGCACGCCGGAUGCCUAA